CAAAUGAGCCUAGUGAGUGAACACAUCAGAGUCUAUCUGGAGGCAAUCACCACACAACCAUAGCUCAGUAUCUUUGAGUGAAAAAAUUGGUUCAUGAUGAAAAGUUCCAUCCAUAUGUGUAGAUGUUUCCUGAUCUUAUCCAACAUUCUUUUUGCUAUGGUGGGUUUUGGACUAGUCUAUCUGGGAAUAAGGAUUUGGAUCCAUGCUGCAUUGACAGGAUUUUACCAAAUCAGUCUAAAAACAUCACCGUUCACUAUUGGUUUGACGGUGUUGAUUAUCACCGGUACUCUGAUAACACUGGUCGGUCUUCUGGGCAAUCUUGGUGCAUGUAGCUUCAAAAUAUCUGCUCUUAAUUUGAUGUCAGACGAGUUGUCAGAGUUCUACCGCGAGCUCUACACUAAAGAUCCCCUGAAAAGGAGUUACAACGAAACCAUGAUCCUCAGCGUAUUGCAUAAAACGUUUGACUGCUGUGGCAUUGGUGAAUGGAUUGAUUAUUUUAAAGACACCUGUCCAGAAGACUUCUUGCAUGAGGAAAGCGAAUUUCCUAACUGUCCCAUUGUGAUCCAGGACAUGUUCAACUCCAAAGCGCCUCUGGUGUUGGUUGGGUUUCUAGGGAUUGCUGGAAUCAUGAUGUUGGCCCUGGUGUGUAGUGUCAUCUUCAGCAGUUACAUCUCAAAUAAUCCUCCAUCUUCUGGAACCAACUCCGAGUUGGAACGUUUACAUAACGCAUGUAUUGAGAAUUUGUUAAAUUACUUAAUUUCGUUCUGUAAAUAAUUAGGUGUGUAAUGCAUUGUUACCAUGGAUAAGAACUGGUAGUUUCAUGGUUUAUCAUAGUUUUUCCAAAACUGGGCUUUUAUAAGACUCAUAAUGCAUGAAAUAAUUAUAGAACAAAUUUAUUUUUAUAUAUAUCCAAACAAAGGUGCUGCAUAUAGCAUGAGCUGUUUAUGGUGUGAAUAAGAUUGUGUAAUUUUGCAAUUUAAAACAAAAACAGCAUGGUCUGGCUUUAGCUUUGUGAAAUUAUGCUAAAUAAAAUAUGUGCAUGAAACAAAAACAGCAGAAAGCCUGAAUUAAAAGUAAAUUCCUUCUCUGACAACCGGUGGCACUUAUGGAGCAGAAAACUUUGUAAACAAAGCAGCACAAGUUGUUAAAAACACAAAUUUCUUCUGCAUUAUACCAGGUACCAUUACACUCAAGUACAGAGGCCAAGGGGACCCCAUUUAAACCACUUAAAAUGCGAAAGGCCACAAUUUACAAUUAACAUAACAAGACUUUAAGCUGAUAUUUGCAGUUUUACGGAUUUAGAAAUGCAGUUUAAUUUGAUACUGUGGUUAACAAAAAAAAAGAAAAAAAAGUUUAUUUCUCAUCUAAGCCCUGCUUGUCAUUGUUAUAUUUAAAACAAUACUAAACAUGAAAAAAGUUAAAAAUAAAUAAAAACUGUUCGUUUUGCUAUAUUAAUGCAAAAAAAGCAUUCAUACUCAAACUCAGAAUUUUACUGAGCCCAAAAUAUGACUGUUUGUAUUACUGAGCAGUAAAUACACAAUUAGACAUAGCUAUAACAUACAUAUGUUUGAUAACUGUAAAAGAUGGGCCUGGUAGUCUUCUCCCGAAUACUGUCUGUUUCUUCGUUGGUUACUUCCUGCUUUGUACCCUAUUUGAACCAUGCAAAAUAUUGCCUGUUCUCACUGCCUUACUGAGCAUUAAUCUUUUAUUGUGUUGCCCUACGUUUAUGACCAUUGUGCCUGCUUUGUUUGAUUCUGCCUUUUGUAUGACCGUUUCUGCCUUGUUUGCCUGGUUGGAUACAGUCUAGUGCAGUGGUCUCAAACUCACUUCCUGGAGGGCCACAGCUCUGCAGAGUUUAGCUCCAACCAGCUCCA